UGGUCCAUAUUGCUCUAAUAAUUUUCUUCGUUUCAUAUCACGAAUCAUCCAUCGUCCAAGAUAUAAAUUACGUAUUUGCUAAAAUUAAUCACCAAAUGCAUAAAAUUACAAAACAGCCAAACAUGAGUUAAUCACUAUUCUAUUCAAUAUUUUAUAUAUUAUUUAUACUUACAUUACAUAUUGGAAAAUUCGUAUUACUUAAAAGGAAAUUCGAGAAUGUUGAUAAACCACUUCUUAUGGCAGCCAUAUUUAAUAAUUUAGUUUCAAGAAAGUAGCGUUGUACACCAUCUAGUACAAAUUGUAGUAAAAAAUGUGCACUAGCGGACUCUACCUAGAGUUUAGAUUCUAGACGUCUUGCUGUGCCAGUGGUGUCAAAAGGCGGGAAAAUAUUUCAUGUACAUGAAUUCAGAGUACCUGUCAAAAAAAUAAUUGAGAACGAAAUAAUUCGCGCAAAGUUGAUUUUAUGAAUUAAUAAUCUGAUAGCAUUAAUAAUUAAAAUUGUUUUUUCUGCUUUUGUUCUAACAUAGCGCACGUAUGUAUGAAUAUGUAUAAUCAAAAUAUUACAUCUAAUGAUGGCUGAUGAAAAAUUAGUAAAAUUUGUACAGAGCACAUUUUCUUUGUAUGGUCUUGUACUUUCAAGGAAACUCAGUGUUUCACUUGCUAAAGAAUUGCUGAAUGUAAAUGAAGAUGAACGUAAACCUUGGCUUACACAAAUUGUAGAACAAGUUUUAACUCAGAAAUUAAAUGGUCCUCACAUUACAGUGGAAAGUCUUAAAUUAGCAAUAGAAGAGUGUAUAAAGCCUGAUACAUUGAAAGAUACAGAAAUAAUCUUAGGUGUCAUAGAUGCAUUUGAAAUACCAAAAAUUAAGUAUGAUUUAUCCAAAAAAAAGUUUGUUUUGUCAUUUCUAACACCAGAUUUAUAUGCUGAAGCUCAAUAUAAAUCAACAAUGAUUAAAGAUCGAUUUGAAUCACUUUGGUAUAGAACCUUAAGACACGAACAUUUUACUCCCCCUAAAAUUGGCGAAAGAAAAGAUACUUGGAUUGAAUUGGUACCUAUUGAAUGCUUAUUGAGCGAAAGUAAACAAGGAAGUGUUUAUGUAAUGGGCUUUUUAACACACUUAGUGGAAGGUCAAUAUUAUUUAGAGGAUACAGGAGGAACCAUAAAAAUUGAUUUGACAAAAGCAAAUUUUCAGGAUGGAUUAAUUCUGGAAGCAUCUGUAGUAAUAGUUAGUGGAAAUUACAAAGAUGGUAUGUUGUAUGCAGAAGAUAUAGGUUUUCCACCAGCUGAAUCAUCUAGCAAUGCACGUGCAGAAUUCGGAGAUUCUAAUACAUUUGGAGGUUUACAUAAUCUGUCUUUGAAAAUGUCAGAAAAAUUAAAAAAUUACGAGGAAAGUAACAAAGAUGGAAUGAUGAUUUUUGUAUCUGAAAUGUGGUUAGAUGACGAAACUGUUUUAAAAAAAUUUAGGAUUAUGUUGGAAGGAUAUUCUGAUUAUCCACCUAUUGCUUUUGUGUUAUGUGGCCAUUUUUUAAGCUUCCCAGCAAAUGUAACUAGCGCACAAAAAUUAAAAGAAGGUCUUAAAGAUUUAGCAGAUAUAAUAAUACAAUAUCCAGGAAUAAAAGAGUCUUCCAAAUUUAUUUUUGUACCAGCAUCUGAUGAUAUUGGAUCACCAAAAAUUUUGCCAAGAUCUUCGCUUCCGAAAAAUAUUACAGAAGAGUUUAGGAAAACUAUACCUGGUGCAAUAUUUGCUACUAAUCCUUGUAGAAUUCAGUAUUGUACAAAAGAAAUUGUUGUGUUAAGAGAAGAUAUUUUAACAAAGAUGUGUAGAAAUGCACUUUUAUAUCCACAAGAAGGAAAUAUUUAUGAUCAUUACGCUAAAUCAAUUAUUUGCCAGUCACAUUUGACUCCGUUAAAUCCUUCUAUAGUCCCAAUAUACUGGAAACACGAUCAUGCUCUACAAAUAUAUCCAACUCCAGAUUUAAUUGUGUCUGCAGACAAAUGUGAAGCAUAUGCAACCACCUAUUCUAAUUGUCAUAUUAUCAAUCCUGGACUGUUUCCAAAAAAUGAUUAUUCAUUUAAAGUGUAUGUUCCAGCCUUGAAUUUAAUUGAACACUGCGCUAUUCCUAAAGAUAUGGAUGAUAUUAGCUAA